GCACACAAUAAAAAAAAAAAAAAAUUCGGUCCGGUUCCCGCAUUGAAAGAUCGGUUUCGCGGCCGGCUACUAUUAACAAGUUCCUGAACCGAAAUCAAACAUAUGAUCUCCUUGGGGGGCUUACACGUGGAUUUCCCUGGUGUUGCUGCUGCUGUGCCAUCUCUUCUCGCCCCCCACGCGUCCCAUUAUCAAUGACCAUCCCCUUUUCUUAGCUUUCGACUUCCGCCUUCUUUCAUUUUAUAAUUUUUAUUUUAAUCGAAUGUUAUCUUCACUUCUCCUCCUUAUAAUCCCUCUUUCUUUAUCUUCUCCUAAAUAAGAAUCGCUUUGAUGGAUGGCUGAUUCCACCUCCUAAAUUCCCUCCGUGCAACACAAAAGAAAAGAAAAAAGAACCAGAAACUUAAAAUCUCCCCUUACCUUCCUUCCCUCUCAUUACGAUUGAUCAUCGCGUAGCUACAACAAAAUAAACCUCUGAUCAAUUUCGAUGGAUUCUCAAAUCAAUCAGCGCACAACCACCGCUUCUGCAUCCGACAACACCACCACCACGACAAUGGCGAACAAACCAGCGGCGAGAGGUGGGAGGAGGGAGAAGAGGAUGGCGAUGGCCAAGAGGGGCCUGCGGUCGCUGGCCGUGGCGGUGGGCCUCCCUCUCUCCCUCACCUUCCUCAGCAUCUACUUCCUCGACCGCGGAGGAGGCUACGGCCGCGGCAGCGGUGAGGGCGGCCAACACGUGGCGGCGUUCUGGUUCCCGCCGCUCUGGCUCGUCCACGCGACCUGCCUGACCGCGGCGCUCCUGAUGGGCCUGUCGGGCUGGCUGGUGUGGGCCGAGGGCGGGUUCCACAAGCAGCCCGCGGCCCUCUACACGUACGGGGCCCAGCUCGGGCUCAGCCUCGUGUGGGGGCCCGUGGUGUUCGGGCUCGGUGCGCCGUCGUUGGGGCUCGUCGUCUGCGUCGGGGUCCUGGGCGCGCUGGCCGGGUGUUAUCGACACUUCAGGGGGAUCAACCCGAUCGCGGCCGACCUCGUCAAGCCGUGCUUCGCUUGGGCUGCCUUCCUCGCCGUCCUCAAUCUCAAGCUCGUUUCUUCCUGCGAGGAAGAUCAGUUGAUAUAGACAGAUCCAUCGGACUGAGGAACAAUUUGUGUUUUAUGUGUUAAUUUUGUGUUUGCUUCUUUUUUUUUUUUUUGUAACUCGUGAAUGGGUCUGCAAUAGGCGGGUUGCCGAGGCUUUUCUGGCCACCUGUCUGGUUUUGGAGGCUGUGGUAGUUGUUUUUUCUUCUUGUUCCCAUUGUAAAAAGACAGAUAAGGGAGAUGUGUAUAACAUACUGGCAAGCAAAAUUUCUGGAGUUUGGAUAAAUGAGCUUGAAAUGG